AUGGCGGGCUCCGGCGAGUCUGCCACCACUAAUAACCCCUCACCGACGAUCGCAACGACCACGGCCGCCGCUGCCGCUGCCGACAAGGUGGAAGCAACCGCCCAGAAACCAAAUGGCACUCCUGCAUCAGAUGCAACCGCACAACAGCAACCCCCAGCUGCAGCAAUGACGACCGGAAAGCCCGAGUUUGAUGAUUUCGGCCUGCCCAUCAGACGAUAUGUAUCGCCGCCGCCCGAACAAACCGAUCAGAUGACCGACGCUCAAUCCGAACCGAAACACCCUGAUCCCGAACCCUCGAAGAACGAAAAUGAGGUCGAACGCGACGACGCUCCUACAGACGUGAAAGUCAAUGGCACCAAGAAAGAGAACAGCAAGGAGGCCGAAUCAGACAGCGAUGAUGACUUCAAGGACGCAACAUCCGAGCAGCCGGACACUGCCGCUGCCUCUGGCAACAAUUCGAACACCCCGUCAACCCCUGUGACUUCAAACAUGGAUAAGGAGGAAGUUAAAGACAAGAGCGUCACGGAAACGAACGAAGAUGAUGACAGAGAUGGAAUUGCAACAACGAAAGGCGUACAGAACAAGCCGCAGGAGGAGCCGUCAGAAAAGGCAUCUGCCGCAACCGAGCCCAUCGAGCCCACCGAAGAGAAAUCUACAGCUUCAGCAACCUCAAAUGCAGACAAGACAUCAAUCACCGCAGCAGAGAAGCCAGCUGCUUUUGCCGCUGAUACGGAACAAGCGAAAGAUGGUACCACAAAGAUUGACAGCGAUGCGAAGAACGGAGACGCAAAGGAGCUAGCGAAGGGGGACAACAAGGCAGAAGAAGGCCGACCCGACUCCCCCGUGAAGCUCACCGAUAAGGCAGACCAGCCAGAGCCAAAGGCAACAGAGAAAGUUGCCGCGAAUACGCACACAAGAGACGCAAGCACCGCUAGCAACGUGGUCAUAUCAGAGUUCUCCCACCAAGGGCUUACAGCGAACGCAGAGGAGAAGAAGGAUGACGACGACGAUGAUUGGCAACAAAUGCCCGCAUACGCACCUUAUGACAUUUAUGACGACGACAACAGAUUGGUCGCUAAGGAAUAUACCGAAGAAGUGGAUGAUGAGAAAUACGGCUAUGGUGGACUGGGAGGAGCAGGCAAGGGUUACACAAGAGUCAUCAUGGACGACGACGCGGAAUCCGCGACGAGUAUGGAUGACAACACGCAGUAUCUUUUCAAAGAAGUGAAGGGCACAAGCAUGACCGAAGACGACACCGAGGCGCGAGAUGCCGUUUCCCAGAUGCAAGCAACCAAGGAUCUCUUGACCGAGGGCCAGAGGAUCGCAUACGUCGGUUUGACCAGGCUGGAGAUCCACAACCUGGUCAAGGAGGCCGAGAGCGUUGAACACACCAGGGGUGCGAAGAAGGAGGUAGCAAUGUCUGCCGAAGCAACCCAGAUGUGGGGACAGAAGAUGAUGAUCCGUUUGUAUGCUCACAUGGACAUCAGCGCUCAAGAGCAGGUCAUGGUCGAGCAGCUGAGCGCCCACGGCGUUGUCCCCUCAGACUUGACGCCGCUGCUGAUGGCAAACGCAAGGGUGAAGAACCCAAUGGCAGAGGAGUCGCGCACCUCAUUGUCAGUAUCUUCGCCGCGGUCAUCAUCACUAGCGCUGUCGCCGAGAACGCUGCCUCCCUCUUCCCCGUCGCUGCCGGAAGAAGAAAAGGCAGCCGAAGCGCCGCCCCCGUAUGAAACUCACGAGGGCGAAGAACUGCCGCCCGUCAAGACACCAGCGCAGCUAUCCACGGCAGAGAACAUUGACAUUGACUUGCGCUGGACGGUGCUAUGCGACUUGUUCCUCCUGUUGAUCGCUGAUUCCGUUUACGACUGUCGCUCCAGAAUCUUACUCGAGCGAGUUGGAAAGAGCCUUCAGAUUGAUUGGUUGGAUGUAAGGAAGUUUGAAAAGAAGGUAACGGAUGCGCUGGAAAUGCAACAGGCUGCCGAGAAAGAGAACUGGAACGAGGAUGAGCAUAUGGAGCACAGAAGGAAACAGGCGCUCAGGAAGAGAUACGUAAUGAUGGGAUUGGCCACCGUCGGCGGUGGCUUGGUUAUCGGACUGUCCGCUGGUCUGCUUGCUCCCGUCAUCGGCGCCGGCUUGGCAGCCGGUUUCACCACGAUCGGUGUCACCGGAACGGGAACCUUCCUCGGCGGUGUCGGUGGAGCUGCUAUCAUCACCUCCAGCGCGGCGGCUUCAGGUAGCGUUAUUGGUGGCCGAGCGGCCAACCGAAGAACGGGAGCCGUCAAGACAUUUGAGUACCGGCCCCUGCACAACAACAAGCGGGUGCACCUGGUUGUUACGGUGGCUGGAUGGAUGACAGGCAAAGUCGAUGACGUCCGUUUGCCGUUCAGUACCGUGGAUCCUAUCAUGGGUGAUCUCUACUCUGUCUUCUGGGAACCAGAGAUGCUCAGGAGUAUGGGUGACACCAUCAACAUUCUAGCGACUGAGGCUCUCACCCAAGGUCUUCAGCAAGUCCUAGCAAGCACCAUUCUGACCAGUUUGAUGGCCGCCUUGUCUUUGCCCGUCGUUUUGACCAAGCUGUCCUAUCUGAUCGACAACCCAUGGAGUGUCUCGCAAGACCGAGCGUGGGCCGCUGGUCUGAUUCUGGCAGACUCUUUAAUCGACAGAAACUUGGGAACUCGCCCAGUUACACUUGUUGGAUAUUCACUUGGGGCAAGGGUGAUUUUCUCUUGCCUGUUGGAGCUGGCCAGGAAGGGCGCUUACGGCCUGGUUCAGGACGUCUACUUAUUUGGAUCGCCUCUUAUCAUCAAGAAGGACGAGUGGCUACGAGCGCGGACCGUAGUACCCGGAAGAUUCGUCAACGGCUACAGCACCAACGAUUGGAUUCUUGCCUACCUUUUCCGGUUGACCAGCGGUGGCCCUAGAAAGGUCGCCGGCUUGGCCAAGAUCGAGGAGGUUCCUUGGAUCGAGAACUUUGACGUCACUGAGAUUGUCAAAGGUCACAUGGAGUACAGAAAGGCUAUGCCUCGCCUCCUUCGAGAAUGCGGCUGGCUCGUGGAGAGCGACGAGUUCAGCGAAAUCGAGGACCCAGACCCCGAAAACCACGGAGAACGCCAGCGCGAGCUUAUCAACGAGAUUGAAGAGGCACGCAAGGAGCUCGAAAGGGAGGGCCAGAAGAAGAAGAGCCGAUUCUCCAUCUUUGGACGCGGCAAGAAGUCCGAUAAGGAGAAGUGGGAGAUUUACGAGGACGCAGCAAAGGAUGGCAAGCCAAACCCGAGGACCGAAGACAAAGAAGGCAACAAUCACGGUGUGCUCUUCGACGUUGAGGCCAUUCGUGCCGAGGUUGCCAAGGAAAAUCAGAAGGCGGAAGACGAACCAGACUUCCAAGUAAAGGAGCUCAAGUCUACCCUCCCGCCAAUGAAGCUCGACCUGAACUCGUCAAGCUCAUCAUUAAACCCACGAGACAGCCUGCGCGAGACGAAGAGCGCCUUCGCAGUGCCAGGUCGAGCGUCCUACGAGACCUCGAAUUCGUACGGGUACACACCGGAGCGGACACCGACAUUCCCCUCGAGCCAGACGUUUCCUCAGCGGACUCCGUCGCCCUACCACGCUGCAGCCUCUCCCAUCGAGGAUGACAUCCAAAUGACGUUCGACACCUCUUUUCACCAGCCGGCGAGGACUCCCUCACCUCCACCAAAAGAUGAUUUGGGUCCAACCCGACCGGAGAUGAAGUCGGCGCAGACGGCCCCCAGUAUUGCGAGUAACCCAUGGGCAGAUGUCGAUGACGACGAUGAUUUUGGCAAAGAGAAGGAAAUGACGAUGACUUUUGCAUAG